AACACCGAGGUAUUACCAUUACAUAGCUUACUGACAUGUAGCAGUUCGUAGUGAUUUGUUAGGUUGCGCUUUUCCAACACAGACUGUGACCAUGACACAUGCGCAGUGAGUUCCUCUCAGAAUGCUUCUUGUAGCUGUAGCAGGACUUCCAGUGAGAGUUGUUAGCUAGUAGCUCUCCCUGUGUUCUAUGUAGUCAAUCGAUGUGUGAUACCAUACUCCGCGCUCAACGUUCUCCAAGCUGCUUGCGUUGGGAAUACCACUAGGCAGGGUGAUACAGCCAACUUUUGCCCGUACGUUCUGACAUAAUUAGCUGGUAAUCUCUGGAUACAGGACAAAUCGUAAAGAAUCAUCACCAACUUUAUGUCAUCCUAGAUGCCCACGUGAAGAGAGCACCCUUUGGUGGCACCCUGAGGCAGAAGAAGGCACUGCUAUCAGCUGUAGUGUUUACCUUUCUAGCAAGAACCACUCCAUUCAUUAGUUGGUGUUGACAUUCAACUCGUGGAACUUUCUCCAGUACUAUUGAAGUCCUUCCUCCAAGGAAUAUUUUCAAAAUGCUUGGUGGAAAUUGAUCAUGACGGGCCCGGCUAUAAAGAACAGGAGGGGAAAGAGAAAAAUCAAUUGUUCCCAAAUUACGAUUUAAAUUCAAUUUGGGUUCCCUCAGACGUUUAAGUCUGGAUAUAUUCAGUAGUUUGGACGUUUUGACCUUCACGAGAAGACACGAGUGUCUAAUGCUGGGUUCCUGUUCAGCGGUCUCAUGGGAGCUCGCGAUUCCUCCAAUAAAGUCUAGUUAUCUCAAACGGAAUUCAAGUCAGCAUCCGACACAGAUCCCGGAGUAAGACGGCAUUGUGAAUGGCUGGAUUCUAAUGCCAGUGGCUCUCAAUAUAGUGUGUGAUUGAAACCAGGAGAAAUUGGACGUUUUGUUAUAUGUCCUGUGAACGGAUUAUAAUUCUCAUAGGUUCUGGGCCACAUAGAGGAUAUUUCCAUCUGAUCGAUAUAUCCCUCCUGCUGCAUCAUUACUUGACAUGGAGUCAGUGAAUCGAGAUGGGCAUACAUGGGCGACAUCACGAGCACCGUUGUAGCAGAUAUGGUUGUGUGUUGUAUUCUGGGAUACUUUCAUAAGAAGCAAGAAAGCAGUUACCUCGGUGACACCAGCACCUGCACAGUAUGGAGGAUGGGAGCGCUCAGGCCCUCGAAGUCAUCAUUAGUCAGAGUGAUCAGUUUGGCUUCUUCCAGAAACGUACCUUCAUCGCCACAAGUUUCCUACAAGCAAUAACAGUCUCCGUUCUUGUGUACACGUGCGUGGCCACCCCGGAACCCUCCACAGAUGACCCAUGUCCAAUGGCCAGUACUAAUGGGGCGGAGCCACUCAAUGGGACAUUUACACCCUUCAAUGAAACAGUUACUGUGGCAACCACACAUAUUGCCCACAGCAGCAAGGCAUGUUCCUCCACGGACACCGGCAGCUAUAUAUUCAUCCUGACUCUUCAUGUGCCAAAGUGGUUGCGCCCCCUUGAUGGCUGGACCUUGUCCGAGUACACCUUAUUCGGCCAGGUGUCGGGUGUAAUCGUGGGAUCUCUGCUUGGAGCAUUUCUUGGCGACGUGUUUGGCCGGAGAAAACCCAUGUUCGUGUACUUUAUACUGAUGCUCGUCUUCCAUAUUCUGACGGGAGUAGCUGCCUCCUGGCCGGUCUUCGUUGUCUUCCGUAUCAUAGUGGGCCUGGCAGCAGGAGCGUUCCUUGUCGUGAGUGUGGUGACACCGAUGGAGUGUAUUGGGCAGGACUGGCGGGACGUGUGUAUAUGUUCGGGCAUGUGGACAAUGGGUGUGGUCUUUCUCUCCCUAGAGACUCUCAUUACGGAGAACUGGCGGUAUUUGGCGUUUCUGUCCGGCGCCAUUGGAACCCCAUUUAUAGGAACAUAUUACCUUGUGCCAGAAAGUGCUAGAUGGUUGCUAUGCCAACAACGCUUCAAAUCAUCAGAAGCUGGAAUUAGGGAAAUGAUAUCUUGUAAUGAGCACGCGGUGCCGGGAGUGACGUCACUGCUGGACAGAGCAAGGGCCUCUGUUGUCGGGCACAUGCAUCACAAGAAAUACACAUACUUAGACUUGUGUCAUUCCGUCGACCGUAUUAAGUGGACUAUAGCCUUAGUGUAUGUAUGCUUGGUUGCGUCGACUGUAUAUUUUUGCCUUGCUGAGAAAACACGGAGAAUAACUGGGAACGUAUAUGUAGAUAGAUUCCUUCCAUAUAUCGUCGACCUUCCGCUAACCUGGUCGGCAGUCGUUGUGAAUAAAUGCCUUGGGCGACGUUGGUGUCUGUUUUUAUAUGCUGUGGCGUCCGGCUUUGCGUCUCUGUCUAUCAUCGUCCUAGACAUGACUGGUAAUCUGCAGUCCAUGCCAAACAUGAUGAAAGGCUUGGCAGUAUUUGGAAAACUCGGGGUGACCGCGACACUCUCCCUCCUCGCCAUUUCAGCUGUAGAGAUGUUCCCCACUGUUAUACGAUGCAUGGGCACAGCGAUUGCUUUGCUGUCUACAGCAACUGGGGCAAUCAUAUCAAAACAGUUCAAGUUUUUGCGGGUUUUCCAGGAGGUGCAGGAUGAAAACCACUACACAGUGCCUUUCCUGGUGUACGGCGGCAUGAUGAUCACGGUCGGCUUUGCUGCCCUCUUCCUGCCAGAGACACUCGGGCGUCCACUUCCAAAUAUCCUGCCCUGUCGUCAUCGAAAGAUUCCAUUACAAGAAGGAACAAGGCUUGUGAACACAUGGGAUACCUUGUAGUUACGAGACAUUUGUGUGAAAAGGACGAGUAAAGGAUUACUGAUAUCAAAUGUUGAUAUCAUGCUGCAUUGCAUUACACAGAGGUGUGUGUGGUCACACUGAAACAUUACCUUCGAUUGUGUCGAGAUUUGCAUGAUGGUAUUCUUUGAUGCUGAAGACAUUGGUGUCGACAACAACCACCGAAACAAACCGAUAUAGUGUUCGAUGAUGUUAAAUGAAUGUCUUGAGGGAUAACAUGACAUAAUUAUGUAUUCAACUCAUAGUUCGACUGUGUUCCGAUUGUUGUGGAACGAUGAAGAAUAAAAAGAACCAUUUAUUGUGAA